AAGACUUUAUCAAUUUAUUCUAAAUAUAUCUAGUUUCUUUAAUUUUGGAUGAGGUUUUAUUAAUUUAGUGAGUUAAACUGUUUCAUGUAAAUUAUAAGGUUUAAUAAUUUGAUUAAUGUUUGAUUACUGAAAAUUUGGAAAACUUUUUCUAAACUUACUUUUCAUAUAGGUACCCAUUGUGUCUGUUGCGGAAAAUAAUACGAGUGCUUCUUGAUGGAAGAAAAUAUUAUGAAAAGAUGACCCCGUACCCAAACUAAUACCAUUGAUUAUGUGUGUGAAUAACCCUAUACCUUCCAAUCUGAAAUCGGAAGCAAAAAAGGCUGCUAAAAUAUUAAGAGAAUUCACAGAAAUAACUUCCAGAAAUGGACCUGAUAAGAUCAUUCCUGCCCACGUAAUUGCUAAAGCUAAAGGUCUUGCCAUUUUGUCUGUGAUAAAAGCCGGAUUUCUGGUAACUGCUAGAGGAGGCAGUGGGAUUGUGCUGGCUCGUCUUCCAGAUGGAAAAUGGUCUGCACCUUCAGCCAUUGGGAUAGCUGGUCUUGGUGGAGGAUUUGAAAUAGGAAUUGAGGUGUCAGAUUUGGUAAUAAUUUUGAAUUAUGACAGAGCAGUAGAAGCUUUUGCAAAAGGUGGUAACUUAACACUUGGAGGGAAUUUCACUGUGGCAGUUGGGCCCUUGGGAAGGAAUUUGGAAGGAAAUGUAGCUUUAAGAAGCUCUGCUGCUGUCUUUACAUACUGUAAAUCAAGAGGACUCUUUGCUGGCAUAUCUUUAGAAGGCAGCUGUUUGAUUGAAAGGAAAGAAACUAAUCGAAAAUUUUAUUGUCAAGAUAUUCGAGCUUAUGACAUUUUAUUUGGAGAUUUGCCACGACCUGCUCAAGCAGAAGAUCUGUACGAAAUUCUUGAUUCCUUUACAGAAAAGUAUGAAAAUGAAGGACAGCAAAUUAAUGCAAGAAAAGCAGCAAAGGAACAGAGGAAGGCUUCUGCUAAAGAAUUACCUCCAAAACCAUUGUCAAGGCUACAGCCAUCAUCUGUACCAGUCCAGCUGAACUCUGGCUCUCAAAGCAACAGAAAUGAAUAUAAGCUCUAUCCUGCACUUUCCAGCUAUCAUGAGGAUGUUGGCAAUUCCCAGCAACCUACAGAGGUGACAGCCCUAUAUUCUUUUGAAGGACAGCAGCCGGGAGAUUUGAAAUUUCAAGCUGGAGAUAGGAUCACAGUUAUAUCAAAAACCGAUUCACAUUUUGAUUGGUGGGAAGGAAAACUUCGAGGUCAAACUGGCAUUUUUCCAGCCAACUAUGUAACCAUGAAUUAA